CUUUCAACAACAGCCUAGCCAACUUUACCGCCAGAGUCCCAUAAUCCUCCACUGAAGAAAACAUCCAUGUAGACGCAGAUGACGUGUCUGCUCGCUGCAGGAAAAGUAUCUAGGUUAGGUAGCUACGAAGGCAGACAGAUACCAGCUAGUUAACGUUAGCUACCUUAUGUCAACUGUCCUAUCUAGUGAAUUCAAAUGCCAGCUAACCUGUCACCCCCUGUGUAGACAGAUAUUAACGUUACCCCAAGAAACGUUUAGCCUGCUAGGUUCGUCGAGAGAAGAGGAAAAUGUUUUCCCUGCACAGAGCGAGAGGCUCUGUUUUGGUGGUCUUCCUUCUGUUACACAGCGCUACAAGUUUCUAUCUUCCAGGUCUGGCCCCUGUUAGUUUUUGUGAACCAGGACAAGCUGGGAAAGAGAAUGAAGUACCGGACUGUAAGUCGACCAUUGAGAUAUUUGUGAACAGACUGGAUUCUGUGGAGUCUGUCUUGCCCUAUGAAUACACUGCGUAAGUACAUCAGGAACAACAAUGUCUUAUGGGUCUUCUACAUUCCUCAGUCUUGCUGCGGAAGGCUGUGGGUUCGGUGCUUUUGGACAGUGUUCUUAUUGUGUAGAUGCACACUUAGUGUACGGGGAGAUAUAGGGUGCAUUCCAAAUGACUCCCUAUACAGUGCACUACUUUUUGACCAGCGACCUAUGGGCCCUGGUCAAAAGUAGUGCAUUGUGUAAGGACUAGAGUGACAUUUGGGAUAAAGACAUGUGUUAGGAACAUGGUGAAGUCAGCUAGGUAUGUCUAGGCGCACUAAUACUGUCUGAUAAACUAGAGCAUCUCUCUGUCACCAUCCUCUCUGACUCUUUCUCCUCUCUGUCACACACGAUCCUCUCUGACUUUCUCCUCUCACUUACCAUCCUCUCCUACUCUUUCUCCCCUCUGUCACACACGAUCCUCUCUGACUUUCUCCUCUCACUUACCAUCCUCUCCUACUCUUUCUCCCCUCUGUCACACACGAUCCUCUCUGACUUUCUCCUCUCACUCACCAUCCUCUCCUACUCUUUCUCCCCUCUGUCACACACGAUCCUCUCUGACUUUCUCCUCUCACUCACCAUCCUCUCCUACUCUUUCUCCCCUCUGUCACACACGAUCCUCUCUGACUUUCUCCUCUCACUCACCAUCCUCUCCUACUCUUUCUCCCCUCUGUCACACACGAUCCUCUCUGACUUUCUCCUCUCACUCACCAUCCUCUCCUACUCUUUCUCACCUGUCUCUCACGCUCUGAUUCUUUCUCCCGCUCUGUCACUAUAGCAGCACCAGCGAUAUCCAACUGUGACUGGAAUUCUGAGGUCCAUAGACGAUGUUAAUAAUACUCUAUUGCAGUGCUUGACUUGGACAGGAACUCACCGGCGCUGAGUACCGGCACCUCAACUUUUAUUUACUGCUUGAGUUCCUGCACCUCUUCUAGAAUAUUAGCUCAACAGUAUGGUGGAGCUCCUGCACCUAAAUACAAACAGUACCGGCACUCAUAUCAGUCCAAGUCAAGCACUGUUCUGUUACAGUAGUUUUGCUUCAACAAAAUGGCUGCCUAAUGUUUAAGAUUAGCUGAAUCAUGUUUUAGAGAAGUAGUCAAUAGAAGAUAUAGAUAUUGGCUUAAGUCAAAGAAACAGGCCACUUAAACCCAGUUUCAGUCCUUACUCUGGAUCUGAAAACUCCAACGGCAUUAAAUCAAAGAUGGGAUACAUUGAUAACGACAGCUACUUAGGGUUAUUAUGUGACAUCUGAAUGACUUUAUUUAUUAUUAACCUGAGUUAAAUGUGAUACUAGAGGCCUCAACAUGCUCAGCCACAGGAGCUGUUCUGUCACGCCGUUAGAGGACACUAAUGUCCCUGUUCCACUGAGGGGUUGUGGAGAGGGUCAGGGGACUGUAAUUGAAGUGGUGUUAAGUGUGCGUGAAAAAUGUGGCCUUUAUGUUAGUUUGCUGUGUGACUGAGAGUUGAAAUAGAAUUCUGGGUGUCAGAGAAAAAGUAACAGCAGCAGAUGGUUUAAAAAGGAAGACGAUAUGCUACAGUUUGUGAACUGAAGUAGAAAUCAUAUGAUGUGUUAACAUUUCUGUCUUGUUGUUAUGGGAACUCUCAGGACAUGUUCAUCUUGUUAUGGGAUGUCUUGUUGUUAUGGGAACUCUCAGGGCAUGUUCAUCUUGUUAUGGGCUGUCUUGUUGUUAUGGGAACUCUCAGGGCAUGUUCAUCUUGUUAUGGGCUGUCUUGUUGUUAUGGGAACUCUCAGGACAUGUUCAUCUUGUUGUGGGCUGUCUUGUUGUUAUGGGAACUCUCAGGACAUGUUCAUCUUGUUAUGGGAUGUCUUGUUGUUAUGGGAACUCUCAGGACAUGUUCAUCUUGUUGUGGGCUGUCUUGUUGUUAUGGGAACUCUCAGGACAUGUUCAUCUUGUUAUGGGAUGUCUUGUUGUUAUGGGAACUCUCAGGACAUGUUCAUCUUGUUAUGGGAUGUCUUGUUGUUAUGGGAACUCUCAGGACAUGUUCAUCUUGUUAUGGGCUGGCUUGGUGUUAUGGGAACUCUCAGGGCAUGUUCAUCUUGUUACGGGCUGGCUUGGUGUUAUGGGAACUCUCAGGGCAUGUUCAUCUUGUUACGGGCUGGCUUGUUGUUAUGGGAACUCUCAGGGCAUGUUCAUCUUGUUAUGGGAUGUCUUGUUGUUAUGGGAACUCUCAGGGCAUGUUCAUAUUGUUAUGGGCUGGCUUGGUGUUAUGGGAACUCUCAGGGCAUGUUCAUCUUGUUGUUAUGGGAACUCUCAGGGCAUGUUCAUCUUGUUGUUAUGGGAACUCUCAGGGCAUGUUCAUCUUGUUGUUAUGGGAACUCUCAGGGCAUGUUCAUCUUGUUGUUAUGGGAACUCUCAGGGCAUGUUCAUCUUGUUGUUAUGGGAACUCUCAGGGCAUGUUCAUCUUGUUGUUAUGGGAACUCUCAGGGCAUGUUCAUCUUGUUGUUAUGGGAACUCUCAGGGCAUGUUCAUCUUGUUGUUAUGGGAACUCUCAGGGCAUGUUCAUCUUGUUGUUAUGGGAACUCUCAGGGCAUGUUCAUCUUGUUGUUAUGGGAACUCUCAGGACAUGUUCAUCUUGUUGUGGGCUGUCUUGUUGUUAUGGGAACUCUCAGGGCAUGUUCAUCUUGUUGUUAUGGGAACUCUCAGGACAUGUUCAUCUUGUUGUAAUGGGAACUCUCAGGACAUGUUCAUCUUGUUGUUAUGGGAACUCUCAGGGCAUGUUCAUCUUGUUGUUAUGGGAACUCUAAGGACAUGUUCAUCUUGUUGUUAUGGGAACUCUCAGGGCAUGUUCAUCUUGUUGUGGGCUGUCUUGUUGUUAUGGGAACUCUCAGGGCAUGUUCAUCUUGUUGUGGGCUGGCUUGUUGUUAUGGGAACUCUCAGGACAUGUUCAUCUUAUUGUUAUGGGAACUCUCAGGACAUGUUCAUCUUGUUGUUAUGGGAACUCUCAGGGCAUGUUCAUCUUGUUGGAACUCUCAGGGCAUGUUCAUCUUGUUGUUAUGGGAACUCUCAGGACAUGUUCAUCUUGUUGUGGGCUGUCUUGUUGUUAUGGGAACUCUCAGGGCAUGUUCAUCUUGUUGUUAUGGGAACUCUCAGGGCAUGUUCAUCUUGUUGUUAUGGGAACUCUCAGGGCAUGUUCAUCUUGUUGUUAUGGGAACUCUCAGGACAUGUUCAUCUUGUUGUUAUGGGAACUCUCAGGGCAUGUUCAUCUUGUUGUUAUGGGAACUCUCAGGGCAUGUUCAUCUUGUUGUGGGCUGUCUUGUUGUUAUGGGAACUCUCAGGGCAUGUUCAUCUUGUUGUUAUGGGAACUCUCAGGACAUGUUCAUCUUGUUGUUAUGGGAACUCUCAGGACAUGUUCAUCUUGUUGUUAUGGGAACUCUCAGGGCAUGUUCAUCUUGUUGUUAUGGGAACUCUCAGGACAUGUUCAUCUUGUUGUGGGCUGUCUUGUUGUUAUGGGAACUCUCAGGGCAUGUUCAUCUUGUUGUUAUGGGAACUCUCAGGGCAUGUUCAUCUUGUUGUUAUGGGAACUCUCAGGACAUGUUCAUCUUGUUGUUAUGGGAACUCUCAGGGCAUGUUCAUCUUGUUGUGGGCUGUCUUGUUGUUAUGGGAACUCUCAGGGCAUGUUCAUCUUGUUGUGGGCUGGCUUGUUGUUAUGGGAACUCUCAGGGCAUGUUCAUCUUGUUGUGGGCUGGCUUGGUGUUAUGGGAACUCUCAGGGCAUGUUCAUCUUGUUGUUAUGGGAACUCUCAGGGCAUGUUCAUCUUGUUGUUAUGGGAACUCUCAGGACAUGUUCAUCUUGUUGUUAUGGGAACUCUCAGGACAUGUUCAUCUUGUUGUGGGCUGUCUUGUUGUUAUGGGAACUCUCACGGCAUGUUCAUCUUGUUGUGGGCUGGCUUGUUGUUAUGGGAACUCUCAGGACAUGUUCAUCUUGUUGUGGGCUGGCUUGGUGUUAUGGGAACUCAGGGCAUGUUCAUCUUGUUGUUAUGGGAACUCUCAGGGCAUGUUCAUCUUGUUGUUAUGGGAACUCUCAGGGCAUGUUCAUCUUGUUGUUAUGGGAACUCUCAGGACAUGUUCAUCUUGUUGUUAUGGGAACUCUCAGGGCAUGUUCAUCUUGUUGUUAUGGGAACUCUCAGGGCAUGUUCAUCUUGUUGUGGGCUGUCUUGUUGUUAUGGGAACUCUCAGGGCAUGUUCAUCUUGUUGUUAUGGGAACUCUCAGGACAUGUUCAUCUUGUUGUUAUGGGAACUCUCAGGGCAUGUUCAUCUUGUUGUUAUGGGAACUCUCAGGGCAUGUUCAUCUUGUUGUUAUGGGAACUCUCAGGACAUGUUCAUCUUGUUGUUAUGGGAACUCUCAGGGCAUGUUCAUCUUGUUGUUAUGGGAACUCUCAGGGCAUGUUCAUCUUGUUGUGGGCUGUCUUGUUGUUAUGGGAACUCUCAGGGCAUGUUCAUCUUGUUGUUAUGGGAACUCUCAGGACAUGUUCAUCUUGUUGUUAUGGGAACUCUCAGGGCAUGUUCAUCUUGUUGUUAUGGGAACUCUCAGGACAUGUUCAUCUUGUUGUUAUGGGAACUCUCAGGGCAUGUUCAUCUUGUUGUUAUGGGAACUCUCAGGACAUGUUCAUCUUGUUGUGGGCUGUCUUGUUGUUAUGGGAACUCUCAGGGCAUGUUCAUCUUGUUGUUAUGGGAACUCUCAGGGCAUGUUCAUCUUGUUGUUAUGGGAAC